UCUGUCUUCGCAGUUUCUUCAGCAAAACCAAGAAUGGCAACUAGCAGCAGCAGCCUACACGCCUCCGCUUCAUCCUCUUCCAAGUUUUUUGCAUCAAGAAAGGUCUUCAGCUCCUCUUCAUUCUUUCAUGGUUUUCAAAGACACCACGGAAACAGAUUCAUUACAUCCUUCCCUUCUUUGCAUGCCUCCUCUCAAUCUUCUUCUUCUUGCUUGUCUAUAAAAUGUGCAGUUCGUUUUCGACCCUGCAUUGAUAUACACAAGGGGAAGGUGAAACAAAUUGUUGGGUCUACCCUUCGAGAUUCGAAGGAAGAGGAUGGUUCAGCUCUUGUGACAAAUUUUGAAUCAGAUAAGUCGGCAGCGGAGUUUGCAAAUUUGUAUAAAGAAGAUGGGCUGAUGGGUGGUCAUGUGAUCAUGCUCGGAGCUGAUGAUUUGAGCAAAGCUGCAGCUGUUGAAGCUCUGCGUGCCUAUCCUGGCGGCUUGCAAGUUGGAGGUGGUAUCAAUGUAAACAACGCUUUGAAGUACAUAGAGGAAGGAGCCAGCCAUGUUAUUGUUACUUCAUAUGUCUUUAACGAUGGUCAAAUGGACCUAGAAAGGCUGAAAGAUCUUGUUCAUGUUGUUGGAAAGCAGAAGCUUGUUUUAGACCUUAGCUGCAGAAAGAAGGAUGGUAGAUAUGCAAUUGUCACUGAUAGAUGGCAGAAGUUCAGUGAUGUAUAUCUUGACGAGGAAGUAUUAGAAUUUCUCGCUAACUAUGCUGAUGAGUUUUUAGUUCAUGGUGUUGAUGUUGAAGGGAAAAGGUUGGGAAUUGAUGAAGAGCUUGUGGCAUUGCUUGGCAGGCACUCACCAAUUCCUGUUACUUAUGCUGGCGGUGUGACAAUAAUGAUUGAUUUGGAAAGAAUAAAGGUGGCAGGAGACGGAUGUGUGGAUCUUACAGUGGGCAGUGCUCUUGAUAUAUUUGGGGGUAACUUACCAUACAAAGAUGUUGUCGCUUGGCAUACACAGCAGGAGACUGCGAUGGUUUAGUUCCUUCUAAUUGUUGUGUUUGUCUGAUCCCACUCUGAAAAGAGUUUCAGUUAGUUUUUGAGGUUGCGCAGAUCUUUAUAGAUGACAAAAAUCUAGACCGCGGAGGAAUCCUAGUUGUUUCCUGUUUCUUCCUGCAGGCUUGGCAAUUGUUUGCGACUCACACUCAAUGAUGGAGUGAGGUACGUUGAACGCUGUCUUGCAUUGGUGGAAUUAAAGAAAAUUUGCAACAAAAAACAAGUGUCUCCAUGGUGCCUUCUGAAGAUACGGAGGAGCCCUUCUCCAUGAAACAAACUCCUAGUGUUUGAUACAGCAUUGAAGCAACAUUCAAACUCCAUCCUCACUAAAGGCAGGCAAUUUGAACCAAUUUGAGAAUGAACGUAGUUUUUGUUGAAAAUAAUAAAAUAUUAUCUAUUGCAAUGGGACAUGAAAAAAUAAUUGAAAGGGCAUUUUAUGUGUA